ACACUCUUUAUGACAGUGCGGAGCUUCCGAAGCAGAAAACAGCUAACAAAGUUUCUGUGUGUUUUGGUUUAUAAAAUCAGCAAAAUCAUUUCUCUCCACUUUCAUUUCUGGCUGCUUUCUUCGGUUCUCGUCCCUUUUCGAUCCUCGCUGUUGCUCCAAGGUUUUCAGGAGCUGUCGGAUUCAUGGCUUCCCUCGCAGGAUCCAACUUCAUUGCCUUUAAAUCUGUCUCAAAUUUCGGCGAUCGAAGAGUUUCUCAGUUUUCGCAAUGGACUCCGAUUCAGUCUCGGCCUUCCAUGGGGCUUCAGUGCAGAUCGAGGAGCGCGUUUGCUUCAUCCGCACAAGGAGGUGUAAGAGCUCAGGUUGCUGCUGUUGAACAGGCAAUCCCAGAUGUUGCACAAAAGGUGGAGUCUCCUGUAGCUAUUGUUACUGGAGCCUCUAGAGGUAUUGGGAGAGCAGUUGCAUUAUCCCUAGGAAAAGCAGGAUGUAAGGUCCUAGUCAAUUAUGCAAGGUCAUCAAAGGAAGCUGAGGAAGUUUCUAGAGAGAUUGAGGCAUAUGGUGGUCAAGCUCUUACCUUUGGGGGAGAUGUUUCAAAAGAAGUUGAUGUGGAAUCAAUGAUUAAAACUGCUGUUGAUGCAUGGGGAACUGUUGAUAUAUUAGUAAACAAUGCAGGUAUAACUCGGGAUACGUUGUUAAUGAGGAUGAAGAAAUCUCAAUGGCAGGAGUGAUUGAUUUGAAUCUUACUGGAGUUAUUCCUCUGUACACAGGUAUUUACACUUAAGAUCUGAUGAAUUGUGC